CAGCAGAGCCUCCAGUGACAACCAUACUCCCGGAGCUCAAAGACACAAGGAGUAGCAAUCCAAAUCGGGGACUCCUUUGAGACUUUGAAAGACUCUCGUGAUGCUGCCAGCAACAUUCAAGCUUUGCGCCGGCAUUUCCUACAGACACUUGCACAACAUGACAGGUUUGAAGAGGCAAGCAGCCGUAGCCAUUGUCCAGGAACUGAAGAAAGUUGCAUUUUCCAGGCUUGGCCCUACCCAGUGGAUCAACAAUGUACACAGAAGGAGUUCUCUUCUAGGUUCGAGGCUGGAGGAGAACCCUUUCAGUGACAUGGAGAUAUCCUACAUCAAGCAAGGAGAGGAAGCUAUCCAGAAGUCUCUGAAUAUUCUUGGCGAUAAAAGCGGCUGGAAAACUGAGGCGGUGAUGGGCAAUGGUGACAAAGUCUUGAGCAAAGUGUUGCCUGACGUAGGGAAGGUUUUCCAGCUUGAAGUAGUAGUUGAUCAACCCCUAGAUUGUGUCUAUGAGGAGUUAGUGGAAAAGAUGGAACAGAUGGGAGACUGGAAUCCGAAUGUUAAAGAAAUCAAGAUUCUCCAGAAGAUUGGCAAAGAUACCGUGAUCACUCAUGAGACCUCAGCGCCAACUCCUGGCAACGUAAUUGGUCCACGAGACUUUGUCAGCGUCCGGUGUUCCAAACGGCGUGGUUCUACAUGCCUCUUAGCAGGCAUGUCAACCACCUACACCGCCAUGCCAGAACAAAAAGGAGUUAUCAGAGCGGAAAAUGGUCCCACAUGCAUGGUUCUUCAUCCAGUUCUAGGAAAUCCCUCACAAACCAAGUUAACCUGGCUUCUCAGCAUUGAUUUAAAGGGAUGGCUUCCAAAGACACUAAUCAACCAAGUUCUUUCUCAAACCCAAAUGGAUUUUGCUAACCACCUCCGGAAUCGUUUGACCAAAUCUACAUCUGCGCAAGCCCUCAGAUACUAAAAUUUUCCCUCCUGGCAAAUUUUUCCUGAAUGAUGGUCUGACUUCAGCCCACUAACGAAUCACUGACUGAAGACUGUAUCCCAGAGAAUUGAUGAACACCACUCUUGAACUUCACUCUUCUCUCCUGUUUAUGUUACAUCCUUAGGUUUAAGAGCCUUUCCUUAGAAAGAGGUGCACAAAGUUUGUGUUCAGGGCUCUGGCAGAAUAAGAUACCCGCCUCAGGUAGCAGGCGCUGAAGGUGAUACCAAGUGAUAUCAAUGGUGGCAGUUUGCUGGGACUCAAAAGGCUAGCUAUUGCUUGAUGGGCAAGGAGUUGCGUCUUCUAAAUUCUGAAAUGCAUAACGCAAGGUAAACUAUACUGAGAAGGCUGCCUGAGUCUUAAGUCAGGGGUGUCAAACUCGCAAAGUCUCGUGAUGUGUCGCAACGUGUCGUGACUUUUUCCUCACUGCCAGCAAUGGGGUGAGUGCGGUUUCGACAUGACGCAUCCUGCCUGUGUUUGACACCCCUGGCUAAGUUUGACACCCCUGGCUAAGUGAUAGGCUACAAUAGGACACAACUAGAGUUUAAGACUAAAAGAGGAAAAAGCCAGCAUCUUUGAUGAACAGAUUACUGUUCCACCUGGACCAUACUGCACGGACUCUCUAUGCCGGGUUUAUUAUGCAGUGUGCUUGGAGUGGGUUAAUCUAUCUUGGCUACAUGCCAGGUUUGAUCUGUAACCUCUUCAUUUUAAGCAACUGACAGGAACCAAGAGAUGAGAAAGCUUUGCAGGAUUUGGAGAAUUAUGCCAACAAGUAACUAGGCAGACAGUCUGACUUGCAGUAAGGCUGUUCCAAAAUACUUUUAUAGGGAAAAGUAUCAUGUCCAGAGUGAUGCCUUAGUUAAAAGAUGCUGGCCAUCACCUUCUCUUAAUAUCUUGACUCAUCCCAGCUUGGCAGCCGUUUUUUUACAACCCCCCCCCCCCAAAGCUGCUACAGAGGCAGCUGUCAUAUCCUCCCCCAUCAUUUGCAACUUCCUAUUUCCAUGCCAGGAUAUCACUACCAAUGGAAGAUCUGACAGGAGCCCAACCUGUCUCUUUUUUCUAUUUUUGACUACUAUGGAAUGGCUCCUAAAUCUAGGACAAGGUAAAGAUUAAUUCAAGGGUCACUAGUUCCUAUGAUACUGUACACUUAAGUGGAGUUAAUUGAAUUCUGCAAUAUUGGCUUUAUUUAAGCUGACUUUAAAUCUAACUCCAUUAGUUGAUCUGGUCAACUAAUGUUCUUUUCAUAUUUUCACAGAACAUUAAGUCUUCAUGAAUUCAGUUUAAGUGUGCCGUGGGAAGAGAAACUAUGCAUAGUAUUAAAUUAUGGUCACUGCCUAAUUAUUGUUGGAGAGUAGAUCUUUCCCAUCCCUUCCAUCUUCUGCCUGAUUUGUUUGCUGCCCUUUGAAGGGCCAAGAAAUCAAUCAGAUAUUGUUUCCCACCUUUUCCUAUUUUCUUCUUUGAAGACGGAUAAAAUGGGAAGUUCCAAAGAUUAGCAUGAAGAUAAUUCACCCAUCCUUGGCAAGUAAGAUAGACCAGUAUUUUUUAAACUUGGCAACUUUAGGCUAUGUGGACUUCGAUUCCCAGAAUUUGUCAGACUGCAUGGAGUUUGAAAAAACACUGGAAUACAUGCACACUGUUGUUAACUCUUGAUGCCAAUUCCGUCCUAGGCUUUUCAAACAUGCUACUCAAUUUUGUCUGAGCUUUAGUCUAAAGGGAAGGGUGAAAAGUUACUUGUUUUUCCCCCCAGAUCAACCAAAACUGGCAGAUAGUCCUUGUCUGAUAAUAAUAAACAUCAGAGCUGAUGGUAGCUUAAGUUUUAAAAGCCAUGUAACAAUUAUGCCCUCCAAAAUUUCACAAUAGAAAACAAAGUCAGUUUCAAGGAUUUGCAACACUGCUGUUUACUUGCUACGGAACUCCGCUUAUUCUGCCCUUGUAAUGUAUUGCAGAAGCUUAAGUCUCUGCUUGCAACGAAUCUGGAAAAAAAAAAAA